CGUUGGGGUCCAAAGGGGCUGAUCAACGACAGAAGAGUUUUAUUUAGGGCUGCAGGUCCUCUGAUGGUCCCCAGCAGCUGUUGUGACUGUGUGCAAGAGCUCUUGUGUGCGCAUGUCUGGACUUUCCCAUUCUUCUGCUCGCUCAACUUUUCCUGAAUAACAAUGACUCUGCAGUGGACGGCUGUGGCUCUCUUCCUCUAUGGAGAGAUAGCAGUCAACCUUCUCCUGUGCAUACCCUUCAUAUCAGCACGAAGAUGGCGUUUGGUUUUCAGCUGGAGAAUAUGGAACUGGUUAUCACCAUAUUGGAACAGAUGCUUCUUUACUAUGAUCAUGGUUCUCAUUGUUCUCUUCAUUGAUGCCUUCCGAGAGGUGAGGAAGUAUUCUGGGCCCGAGCCCAUACAAGACGCCAGCGUGAACCCCAAUUUGCACGACCAUGUGCUCAUGAAGCUGUUCAGAGGCCAGAGGAACCUCUACAUGUCUGGCUUCUCUCUCUUCCUCUGGCUCAUCUUGCGCCGGGUUGUCACCUUGCUAAACCAGGCUGCUGUCACAGUGGAGAGCAGUGCAGGCCUUCAGGCGCAGAUGGACAAUGCAGUGAAAGCGGCCAAGCAGCACCAGGAUGACAACCUGAUGCUCAAACAAGCGCUCCUGGAUGAGGAAAACUCCAUGUCAUCAAAAAACCAACAACUGAGGCUGGAGGUGGAGGAGCUGGCAGGUCAACUGAAGGCUGCAGAGGAGGCCGUGCACAAGUCUGACGCUGAAGUAGAAGCCAUGAAGAGGCAGGCGAAAGGUCUGGCACAAGAGUAUGACCGACUACUGAGGGAACACCAUCAACUCCAGAAUCUCCAGAGUGCAGAAGACAAAAAGGAUCAGUAACCACAGGAAGGGUCAAAGUUGUUUCUCCUCUGUCUUCUCAUUACAACUAUGUGCUGUAUACAGUAGCUCACCAUAUUUGAGUUGCACUUUCAUUUACCUUCAUAUCUGAGCUGAGGCAAGUUUGAAUCUUCAGCAUUAAGCGCAGGCUGCAGUUUAGAGGAAAAAGACUUGGAUUGAAUGUAUUAAAAAAAUGCUGAACGUACCAAAUGUAUUUUUUUAAUGUUGCUCUAACAUCUAUUCACUCACACAACAAAUGAAGGGAAAAUAUCUUCUAAUAUUACCUCAGGGUCUCAUGCUUAUCAGAAAUACUAAUAUUUAAUAAUAAUUAAUAACCCCGUACCACCUUACCAUACUGAAACAUGUAUCAUGAUUUUU